ACAAGAAUUUCUCGCUUACUGGAGGUUUUUGGGGAGUGGCUUUUUAAUGGAAAAAAACAAACUCUGAAAUAGAAAAAAAGAGGCUGAAUCUCUGCAUCUCCUGAUAAGCUCAGCCAUGGCCGCCUGCAUAUCUUCUUCACCAUCAUCAUCGAUUCUUCUCUCCUCUCAGUUCUAUGGCGGUCGCAGAGAGAAACCCACUUCACUUUCAUGGUCGUCUUCAUUUCCCCAGUUGAACCUAUCCCCAAAUUCAAUCACAAACCCUUUUCACUUCACUCCUAACAAGGAUUUUGUUGUUCAUGCUGCCUGGACACGGAGGUCUCGAGGUGAAGCCGCGAACAGGCCUAACAAGAAAUCAUGGAAACAAAGGACAGAUAUGUAUAUGAGGCCAUUUCUACUCAACGUUUUCUUUUCAAAGCGAUUUAUCCAUGCAAAAGUUAUGCAUCGCGGAACCAGCAAAGUGAUAUCAGUUGCUAGCACAAAUGCCAAGGAUUUGAGGAACACGUUACCAUCACUCACGGAUAACGAUGCAUGUAGAAUUGUAGGGAAGCUGAUUGCCGAACGAUCAAAAGAAGCUGAUGUAUUUGCAAUGUCUUUUGAUCUCAGAAAGGGCGAGCGAGUUGAAGGUAAGCUUGGGAUUGUUCUUGAUACCAUCAAGGAGAAUGGGAUUAUAUUUGUUUGAACCUGUACCAUAUAGAUUUUGGUCUUAAAUUUGUUAAUUGCUUCAUCAUCUGCUGAGAGAGGUUUCUAUUAAAAUGUUGAAAAAACAGGAUGCUGCACGAAAUUUCUGAAAAUUAAUUGAGGACAUAGUUAUGCGUAUAAUGUCGUGUAAUUUCAGAAUUCCGUGCAAUGCAAAGAAUCAGCCUGUUAAGAAUCUAUGUAUGUGUAUAAAUGUAUAGUAUAUGUUUUGUUUUGAUGAGAACUGAAUGUCAAAAUAAUUUCAGAGAACAGCAUUACGGUAA